UGUUUCCAAUCAUGUCAAUUCGAGGCAAACCGAUGCCGUGGUCCGGUGCCCAGCGCGUGUCUGGCGCAUCGCCCUUCCCGCUGUCGAGCUUUGCGUGCUCCAGCCGCAACGACAGCGAGAUCUGGCUGACCGGCGGCGUUGUAGGCCCGUCGCCGCUCUCGUCCAGCGCGCCCGCUCCCCAGCUCAGCGCCGACACAUUCGUCCUCACCACCGCUGGGUUGUCAAGCUGGGUCAAGCUCACAGUGACUGGCGUCCCUCCUCCACCACGCGUGGCGCACGCGUCUGCAUACUCUGCCGAUAAGUUGUUCAACUGGGGUGGCAAGGUCGCGGCUGGCAUUGUCGACACGGACGUGUACAUUCUCAACACUGUCUCGAAGGCGUGGUCGCGUCCGCGGACCACCGGGACCCCGCCCAAGCCACGCAUCCACCACACCCUGUCCAUCAUUGACGACCGUCUUGUGGUGGUCGGCGGCCAGUCCGAUACUCCCGGCACUGCUGCAAUUGGCGACCUGUUCAUUCUUGACACUCGCUCUCUGGCAUGGACUGAAGUUCCAGUCAAGGGCGGCAUCUCGGCCUCUCAGCUCGCACGCACCCGACACAGCGCAGAAGUGGUGGAUGGCAAAUUGUACGUGUUUGGCGGCGCUUCGGCGUCCGGCGCGCUCUUGCAAGAUUUGCUCGCGUUCGACUUUGCGAGUCAGACCUGGUCGGCCGUCUCUCAGCGCGGAAGCCCUCCUCCAGCGCGCGCGGGGCACUCCUCGGCUGCCGUUGGCAAAGUCUUGUACUUUUUCGGUGGCCAGAACAAUGCAGGCGAUGCUUUCGACGAUCUCUGGGCGUUCGAUCUCGCAGCUAAUGAGUGGAUGCAGUUCCCGAACGAACCGAGCCUCAUGGGUCCCAAUCCAUCCGCUAGCUCUUUUGGUGGCAUGUGCUCCCUCAAGGGCAAGCUCUACGUUGUCGGUGGAGUUGCUUCGACUGGCGCCCCUCUGCUGGACUUGAAUAUUUUCGACACUGGCAAAGUGAAAGCCGGCACAGAGCGUAAAACUUCCAGUGGCGCACCGGCUGCUGCUCCGGCUGCUGCUGCUCCAGCUGCACGAAACGAGGCCGCGUUGGCUGCGGCGCAAGCAACCAUUGCCAAGGCGUUUGGAGGGGCUGCUGCUGCGGCUGCCGCAACCGCACCUUCUGCGAGCGUUUCACCGGCGCCUGCUCCCGCCCAAACUCCUGGAAAGCUCAUCUCUGGUGGCAGCGCUAGCACACCCCCUGUUCCUGUUGCUGCCACCCCGCCGAAAGCCGUUGCUGCAUCGUCGCCAGCCGUCGCCACAUCGUCACCCGUUGCCUCCACGCCUCUUCAGCAAGCCGAGAAUGUUCAGCGCCAACAGGCCGAACGCAUUCGCGAACUGAUGACUCAACUCGCCUCCGCAAAAGCAGAGCUUGAAACGGCACGACGGGCUCCUGCGCCGGCUUCUGCUUCUGCUGCUGCUGCUGCCUCAUCGAACGCUGAAACUACCCGGCUGGCCGCCGAAAACUCCCAGCUGGUCCGCGACUUGGAGGCCACUCGGAAGGCGGCCAACUCCAACUCGGCCAUCCAGUCGCAGCAGGCCGAGCAAAUCCGCGAGCUGAACGCGAACAUUGCCUCGCUCAAGAGCGAACUCGAAGCCGCAAAGCGUGUGAGUGCCGUUUCGCUGCCCGCCGCAAAGACCGCCGCCCCGUCCGGCUCGUCGUCGAAUUCGGCCAACACAAUCGAGCUCGUCAAGCUCAAGACUGAGAAUGCCGCGCUCACGGCCGAGCUGAUUGCUGUGAAGGAAAACCUGCUGCUCGACAAGACCUUGUACGAAGGCUCGCUCAAGACCAUUGUCGACCAAGACGAACGCAUCGGCACGCUCGAGCUGGAACUGGACGCGCUCCGCGCUCAACAGGGUGCUGCAGUUGCGGCUCCAGUUGCAGCUCCCGCUGGCCCAUCUCCCGCACUUACCGCCGAGCUGCAGCAGGUUAAACUCACACUCCAAGCUGCCCAAACUGCCAAGACUGCCGCGGAGACGCAACUCAAGCAAGCGCAGGCCGAGCUCCAAACCAGCAAAGCAGCUGCCGAGCAAGCCAACAAGAACGCCGAGACUGCCAAGCAACAGCUGGCGCAAACGCAGACCGAGCUUGCCACAGCCAAGGGGCAGCUCGCGUCGAGCCAGUCUUCGGCAACAACAGCCGCCUCUGCCGCGCAGCAACUCGAGCAAGCUCGCAAGGAGAAAGCCGCCGUUGAUGCAGAGCUGGCCAAGCUCAAAUCGACCGAUGCACAGGUCGUUGCAGACCUCGCUCGUGUCACUGCCGAACUGACCACUGUGCGCGCCACCGCUGCGUCAACGGCCUCGCAACUCGAGGCCAGCAAGACCGCCGCCGCUAGUGCCGAAGCUGCGCGCCAGUCUCUCGCCGACCAGAUCAAGUCAACCUCGUCCGAUGUGGCCAACGACCUCGCAACCGCUCGCGCCGCGCUUGCGCAAGAAAAGACUGCUCGCGAAGCGGCAGACCACAAAGUGACGGAUUUGAUCAAGCAAAUGGCCGACCAAAAGCUGCAUUCCAAUCGCGAGCUCGCGACUGCGACGCUUGCUUCCAAGACACUGAGCGACAAGGAAGUCGCCGAUGCCAAGAAGGCGGCUGCUGAUGCGACUGCCAACGCGUCUAGUUUGGAUGCACAACUGAAGACUGCACUCGCGCAAGUGGCUGCAGCGUCUGCCGAAAAGGCGGCACUUGAAAAACGCGCUGGGGACGCCGAGCGACUCCAGAAGGAGGCCGCAGCUUCUCACGAGCAGCAACUCAAGGCCGCGCAGACUCAAGCUGCCGUCGCAACUGCCUCGCAAGGUUCCGCCGAGCAGGCUGCUCUGGCAGACCUGCGCAAGCAGCUGUCCGAGUCUCAAACCAAACAAGCGGCUCUUGACGCCCAAGUCAAGCAGCUGACGACCGAGAAAGCCACUGCAGGACAAACACUCGCGACGGCUGACAAGAAGGCUGCCGAUGCCGAGAAGAAGGCGGCCGAUGCCGACAAGAAAGCCACGGAGGCCGAGAAGAAGGUGGCCGACCUCACAAAGCGUGUUGCAGACCAGGAGAAGGAGCUCGCCACGGCCAAGACCGCCGCAGCCAGUCGUCCAGUUGUUGCUGCAGCGCCGGCCGUACCCUCGUCCAACAAGGCCGACCUGGACAAGAUUUCCCGCCUCGAGCAAGAAGUCAAGACCCUUCAAGCGCAGCUCAAGUCUGCAUCCGCGGCUUCGUCGGUGGCCCCUGUUGCUGCCACCCCUGCUCCCGCUCCUGCACCAGCGCCUGCACCGGUGGCUGCACCCGCUCCUUCAGCCGGAGGCGGCCCACCCCCGCCGCCACCUCCGCCGGCUGCCCCGGCACCACCGCCCCCGCCGCCGAUGGGCCAGAUGCCUCCUCCCGCCAGUGCGACUCCUGGUCGAAGUGCGCUGUUGGACCAAAUUCAACAGGGCACCAAGCUGAAGAAGGCCCCCAAGAUCGACCGUGCCCCGUCGCAGACGAGCCUGUCUUCGGCGGGCGGCGCGUCGGCCAGUUCCUCGCCUGCUCCAGGAAAAGGACCUGCUGGCGGCGUUGGCGGCGGCAUGGGUGCCAUGCUCGCGGAAAUGGCCAACAAGAAGCUCAAGCCCAAAGCCUAAAGCGAGUCACGCCUUCGUAUUCUGGUCUAUCUUCUUUUUUUGAUUGUUUUUGGUGUUUGUUUUGCUUGGUUGUCUGUUCGGUUGUCGUUCUUGCUCUGGUUCCCCUGUUUAAAUGUUGUUUUCUCCAUUACCAACAUUGUUAUGUUUCUCCCCCCUCCCCUCCUCCUCC